AUGGCCAAGAGAAGAGUGAAGAAGCGCACACAUGUUGGCUCGAAGCCCGGUCUCGGGCCUGGGUCAGGCAAAGCAGGAAGUCAUGCGCCGCCCAAGUCAGGCACGCGACCGCCGAAGAGCAUGGUCAUUCGGGUAGGAGCCAGCGAGGUUGGCCAGAGCAUAUCGCAGCUUGUAAGAGAUGUGCGAGGAAUGAUGGAGCCGGACACAGCUUCGAGGCUGAAGGAGAGAAGAUCGAACAAGCUACGCGACUUCACCACCAUGGCCGGACCGCUGGGCGUCACACAUCUUAUGCUGUUCAGCAAAAGUGCCAAUGGCAAUACGAAUCUGAGAUUGGCGUUGACACCAAGGGGACCGACCUUCCACUUCCGAGUCGAGAAGUACAGCUUGUGCAAGGAUGUUCACAAGAGCAUGAAGAGACCGAAGACUGGUGGAAGCGAACACCUGACAGCACCAUUGUUGGUCAUGAACGGGCUGGUCUCGAAGGACGAGGAGAAUGGAGAGCCAAAGCCGAAGGUACCCAAACAUCUUGAGACCUUGACGACGGAGGUCUUCCGAUCACUGUUUCCUCCCAUCAACCCUACACGGACACCUCUAUCGGACGUGAAGCGCACGAUGCUGCUCGAGCGAGUACCCCAGGACCCCAGCUCAGAUGCUGCACAAUACAUCCUCAACCUCAGACACUACGCGAUCGAAACCCGAACAGCGAAAUCGGUGCCUAAACCUCUUCGACGACUAGACGCAGCCGACAAGCUUGCGCACGCUGGCCAGAAACGAAAGCGUGGCGCGCUCCCAAAUCUGGGCAAGCUCAAUGACGUCUCCGACUACCUCCUCGACCCCCAAGGUGCCGAUGGCUUCACCUCAGGCUCAGAAUCUGAACCCGAUACAGACGCCGAAGUCGAGAUAGUGGCCGCAACAGCACGGAAAGUCCAAAAGCGAAAGGCCCAGAAAGACACCUCAGAACGCAGAGCAGCAGCGGGCGCAAAUGUCGAGAAGAAAGCGAUAAAACUUUACGAGCUAGGACCACGGAUGCGGUUGCGGCUCACAAAAGUGGAAGAGGGCGUCUGCAAUGGGAAGGUGAUGUGGCACGAGUAUAUCCACAAGACACCAGAGGAGAUCAAGAAGAUGGAUAAGAAGAAGGAGCAGGAGAGACAGGUCAAGGACAGGAGGAGAGCUGAGCAGAAAGCGAAUGUGGAGAAGAAGCGGGCGGAGAGGAAAGCUAGUGGGCAGCAUGGAGAGGAAGACGACGAUGAAGACGAGGAUCUGGAAGAUCUCAGUGAUGACGACGAGUGGGAUGAUGAUGAGAUGGAGAACGAUGAGGAGGCUGAUGGUGGAGCAGAGAUCGAGGAUGAUGAGAUGCGAGACGGAGGGAGCAGUGAGGACGAGGAUGCUGGCUAG